CAAAUUGAAUCAAUCCUUAAAUAAAAGUUGAAAACCAUAUCUUUAGCAUUUAAAACUUUUCUUUAAUAAUUAAAAAAAAAAUCUUUAAUACAUAUAUAUAUAUAUAUAUUUUUUAUUUUUUUAAUUUUUUUUUGUUUGGUUAAUUAAAAUUUCGAAAUCACCGGUUUAACCUAAGGUACCGGCUUGAGAAGCAAUUUGGCGGGAAGGAAGAACCAAAUUUUUUAGGAUUAGGGUUUCAAAAGUUUGUCUCACUCUCUCACAGAGAGCAAAGAUGGCGAUCUGUGACAGAAGAAAAACCAUCAAUAGAGGAGCAUUAGAGGAGAACAUCUUGGCCAUCAUCGAUGCCUCCGAAGCCAAAGACAGUCAGGACGCUCAUGAUGACCGAAUUGCUUUUCUUGAAGCCGUUCGUGCUACAUCGAUUGUCUCAGAAAGUCGAACUCAACCUUCCUAUAAAAUAUGUCAGGCGGUAUUCAAGAUCCUAAGGAUUGAGAAAUCUCUGGAGUUGAUUAUCACAAGUUAUCAGCUUUUGAAUGAGUUAGAUAAGUGUUUCCCCCGAGUUUAUUUGUCUGGAAUAGAUCAAUUGGAAUCAACUAACAAACAUAUGACUGAAUUGGUCGUGGUUAAAGAGGCUUGGUCACCUUUUAUAUUUAGCUUGGAGAUUGCCAGUUCUGAGAGAGGAGCUGCUAAAGAUGCUGAGGGACUGUUAGACUCAUCUGGUUUUCUUAUCCUGAUACAAUACCUUGCUGAUGUGGCUGAUGAAAAUACAUUUCAAUCAUGUGAUACGAAGUCCCUGGGAAAGAUGUUACUGUUUCAAUAUCUAGUCAACAUUCUUGAAGGUGAUUUUAUACCUCGCAAAACCAUGUAUGAAGAAACCACAAACUGGAUCCUUCUGAGGGAGUCUUUGCUCAACAUGCUUUUGGUAUCAAGAAAAAUAAACUUCAAAAGCUUAAUGAAGGAUUGCUUAACUAUUAUGUGUAAGCUGUAUCAAAUUUGUAUCGGAUUCAGUGAUGACGUGGUAUGUCCUGACAAUUCUGUGUCAAAAUCAACCAAAAAGUGUGAUGUUGCUGUAGAAAUUACUUCUCUUGAGGUAGGAAAGAAUACAAGCAUUGCUGUGCGGAAACUUCUCAAUAUGAUCAUGGAGCUUGAUACAUGUAAGAAUAAAGCAGAUGCACAAGGUUGUACUACCCGAGCUGAUGGUGUCAGAACGCCUCUAGUGGAGAUAAUUCUAGAUGAAUUAACUUAUAAUAAUGAUAUUCUUCAACCUUUUCUUCAGGUCUUUGAUGAUCCUAAAUUGAAGCUUGAAGUAGUUGAGCAAUAUUUUUGGAAAUACAUUUCUAAGCCUUCUGUUCGCACUCGUAGAUCGAAUGGUUCUGCAGAUGAUACAACAUUCAUUGGAGCAUUGAAGUGCUUUUCAAAUGUUACCAGCACAAGAAGUAUUAUUAAGAAAAUAGGGACAGAAGAAGCUCAGUUGCUUUUGGUACAUGGUUUUCAGGCUUAUCUGUCAGUACCAUCCAGACAAUAUCCUGAUGAAGACAACUCCCAUGGCAACCCGGAAAGUAGAAGCAGUUCUGUUAUUGACAUAUGCAAGAAUAUGAUAUCUGCUUUUAAAAGUCUGAGAACUGCAGCAGAGCACAUGGAAAUCUUGUUGUGUUCGAAAGAAGCACUAUUUAUGGCAGCCACAAUCCUUUCAGUGAAUUCAUAGGAGCUCUGAAACAGUUUUUGCUUGUAUUCGACACUUCAUGUGGGAUGCUACACUUUGGCAUCUGUUUUGAAAAUGAUCUAUGUGUAUAUAUUGCUUGUAUUCUGUUGUCGAAUAUGCCCCCGAAACAAAUGAAAGCUUCUUUUUUUCUCA